AUGGAGGGCUUCUCCGCCCACGUCAAGGGUUCUUUGUGGGUCAUCUGCCGCGGCUCAUCGACACAGCGGAAGGUCCGUCUCCUGCGAAUCGCCGCGCAUCGUCUGCUCUGCGCAAGACGAGACCGCGACCGAGAGGUAGCAGACGCGCAAGUUCCUCUCAACGGCGUGGCACUUGUCUGCGUGAUAAUGAUGCACAUAUCGAAACCUGCGACUUGUUUCGCGACAGCAAGGUUCCUCCCCCGACGUUCGCAGAGGGGAAGUGGUUCGCUCCCCGCGCUCAUAGAGAGGGCGGAAGGUCCCAUUCCCUUCGCUGUGUCUCGCUUCGCAUUGUCUACUCUCAGUGCUGAAGACAGUGUCGCAACCGAGAGGUGUGCGGAGAAUUCGGUGCGGACAUUUCCUCAGUGCAUGCGCUCACGAAACCGCGCGUCGAUUUGGGGUGCGGCAUCGUCGACGACGAGCCGAAGUUCUGCAGCACUCAGGGCGCCAAGAUCAGCGACGUUCCCAUGGAACCUGGAAACGUCUGCGCAAACACACAAUGAGUUUCACCGUGGUUAUAGUCUACAAGAGUCUGGAAGAGAACAUCGGACGAGAGCUGUACCGACUGAGAAUGUGAAUUUUGCGUGUAAAAAGCUCUAG